AUGAAACCAACCAUCCAUCCGGACAUCGUCAAACACCGAUACUACCCAAAUCCAUCGAUCACCUCAACAACCACUUACACCCCCGGAACACCACCAAACUACUCGCAAAAACACGCAGGAUACUUUGGCCAUGGAGAAUUCAUGCCCAAAAUAUCAUUGCCGUCUGUUGCUCCCUCGGAGGGCUUGGGAGGCGUGAUGAACUUGAACGGAAAUACGCUUUGGCAGGAUGGGUCUCUCCUUGUUCCUGAGAAAGGCCAGUUCCAGCACAUUCUUCGUGUCCUUAACACGAACGUGGAGGGCAAGACUAAGAUCAUGUUCGCCAUGACUAACAUCAAGGGUGUCGGUCGUCGUUAUGCCAACUUGGUCUGCAAGAAGGCUGAUAUCGACUUGAAGAAGAGAGCCGGUGAGCUUACCAACGAAGAGCUCGAGCGCCUCGUCACCAUCAUGCAGAACCCCACCCAGUACAAGGUUCCCCAGUGGUUCCUUAACAGACAGAAGAACUUCACUGAUGGAAAGUACACCCAGCUUUUGGCUAACGGUCUCGACAACCAGAUGCGUGAGGAUUUGGAGCGUCUCAAGAAGAUCCGUGCCCAUCGUGGUCUCCGUCACUACUGGGGCGUCCGUGUCCGUGGUCAGCACACCAAGACCACUGGUCGUCGCGGUCGCGUCGUCGGUGUCUCCAAGAAGAAGUAA